AUGGAUUUAACCACUAAAUUAGGUCAACUAAUGCAACCACCAGAAGGACCAAUAGAUUUUUGUUUAGAAAAGUAUUUUUUAUGUUCAAAUGAUGAUACAAUUACCCAAUUUUAUUAUCCACAGACCACUGACCAACUAAUCCAAUAUACUGAUGUUGAUUGUAUAAAACCUCUUGAAGUUUUUGAAAUAGUGGAGUGGAAUUUACAUGAAAAUUUUUUUAAUUUUUCAACUACUCAUUUUCAAAUAAAUAUUAUUGCAAAUCAAAAUUUAAAUAUUCACUUCCCAAUCAAGGCAUACACUCUGAAAAUUGUUUUAAAUUCAAAAAUCGAAAAAGAGAUUUUGCUAUCCAAUCUUUAUUUACCAUUACAAUCAUAUGUUAAUAUUUAUCCAAAUAACGAUCCAAAAAAUUAUGAUAUAAGUGUAUAUUUAAAUAAUGACCUUGUAACCAACCCAAAAUUUCCUUUAAGAGUAGGAGGAGCUAUACUUUACACAAGAAAUAUACCAUCAGUAAAAAAUUUUUACUCAGGCAGUACCUUCACUUACUAUAUAUCAAAUGAUUUUGACUACAACUCUUUUCAAAAUCUUUCAACACAUAAUGCUAUAUACUCUAUUGAAAUAAAAGGUGCCUCUCAUCCAAUGAUUCCAGUAUCAAUACUGUUAAAUUUAAAUAAGUCUAGUAUUUAUAAUUCUUUUCUUAACUCCUUGACUAUAGGAUAUGAUGUUUUAGCUCCAAGUUCUUUAAUAGAUUUUUCAGGAAGUACAGUUAUAAAGUCUUUGACAAUUAAAAAUACUAAAAAAUUUAAUUAUAAUAACCAAUUCCCAUUUUCAAAAUUACCAAAAGGUAUUUUUUAUUUUACUUAUAGUUUUGGAUUGUUAAAUGACGUGCCAAAUUAUAAAAUAUUUGAAAAAACAGAUAUGUACAUAUUUAAUUUAAAUUACAACAGGAUAACUGGAACUCUACCUAAAUGGGAUGGGUCAAAUAAUAGUAUUUAUAUCCUCGAUUUUCAAAAUAACUACAUAACUGGGACUAUUGACGAUUCAUAUUGUUCAGUAUAUUUGAAUAUUAGAAAUAAUUCAAUGACAGGCAAAAUUCCAGAUUGUUAUACAUGCCACUUUAGAGAUUUAAGUUUUAAAUUAAGUUUUAGUCAAAAUUCAUUUAAUAAUUAUGAUACAGUUACAACCUGCAAAACCAUUCCAAAACUAAAAUAUUUUAAUCAGAUAACUUGGAAUGGGACAAUGUUUAUAACUGCUCCAACACUAUCAUUAAUGGGUCAAAAUCUUGGCUAUAUAUUAAGUUCAAUUCAAUCAAAUCCAAUUAUUAUGUUUGACUAUAUCAAAAAGGUAAAUUCAAUAAUAAACGCGGCAUACUAUAUACCAGAUAGAACUAUUCACGAAUUUAAUUUCAUAAGUACUGGUCAAGAAUUUACAUUAACUCCAGAUCCAUAUCCACCAUUAUUAUCAAAUAUAACAUCAAAUAAUCAUAUUUUAGUAUUCAAAGGUUUAUAUUAUUCAUACGAUAUCACCGAAAUAACAAUUACAAUUGGUGAUAAAUCUUGUGAUGUAACUGAUUCAACAUUUUAUCAAAUCACAUGUACUUUAACAACAUAUCCAAAUCAACUGAAUAAUGUAUCAGGCACACUCAAAGUAGAUCAAUUACAAACAACAUUCAAUUUAAAUUUAGAUAACAACGAUGGUAAUGAAGUAUUCAACAACUAUACAUCAUGUCCAGACAACUGUGAAUCAUAUAAUGGUAAUAACUGUAACUAUAAUACUGGUAUUUGUGAAUGUACAAGUUACUGGAUUGGUGAAAACUGUUUUACUCCAAAUCAUUAUGUAUCAUCAAUUACACCAACAUACGAAGAUGGUGGAUUAGUAACAAUGAAUGGAUGGUUCGGGGAUAUUCAUAAAGAUUUAAAAGUAACAAUCGGUAAUCAAGAAUGUAAAAUAGAUACAAUAUCAUCAAAUACAAUCACAUGCAACAUUGGAGCAGGUACAGGUAAAAAAGAUGUAAUCGUAUAUCAAAAUGGAAUCACAUGGAAAUCAUUCAACUUUUUUAUAUACCAAUCAAAACAACAAACAUGUUUAAACAACUGUACCGAUACUAACCAUGGUAUUUGUAAUACAUCAAAUGGUAUUUGCGAAUGUAAAUCAGGAUGGACUGGAUUCGAUUGUAAUUCACCUUCAAAUAACAAUAACAAUAACAAUGGUAAUACCAACAGUACAGUUAAUCCAGACGGCUCAACAACAAUAAAUAACGAUCAAACAACAUACAAUAUAUUAAUCACAUCAUUAUUAGAACUCGAUAUCAACAGUGACACAGUUAAACAAUAUCCACUUCAAAACAAUUGGAAUGUUACAUCAAAUGAUAAAAACGGAUCAAAUGUAACAUUCACACAAAUAUUAAACGAAACUGAAUGUCAAAUCGUAUUAUCAAUUCAAGAAAUAGAAAAUGAUAUUCAAUAUUCAUUCGCAGGUUUAGAAUUCAAAUUAGAUAAAGGAUCAAUUAAAGUAUCAGUAUCAAUUCACAAUUACAACUAUCAAAGUCCACUCAAUACACUACAAUUACAAAUGAUAUCAAAUGUAUCAGAUACAACAUCGAACGAUUGUAACAGUAAAUCAGCAUCAACAUCAACAUCAAUAUUAGACAAUCAAACAUUAAACUAUAUAUCGAUCAACAAAGACAACAAGAUUCUAUAUGGUAGAUUUAUAAACAGAGCAAUAUCAGAUGGACACACAACAUUAAUCACCACAUCAUUAAUAUCGAAUCAAAACGAAUCAGUAACCAUUGGUAUUAACAUUCCACAUUGCAAAACAUCAUGCUAUAUCGAUCCUGACUUUUCAGUAAUAAUUAGUCCCGAUUUCAAAUCGAGUUGUAACAAUAAAUCAAAGAAAUAUAUUAUCCCUGUGGCAAUCUUUGCUAGUUGUAUAGGUUUAGCUGCAAUUAUUACUGCUGUCUAUUUUUACCUUAAAAUGAUAUCAAGAAAAAAAUUCGAAAAAAAACUAAUCAAAUUAAACUCUUUAAUUAAAUAA